AUGGAGCAGGACGUAGAGAGCUCUGUGGCCGCUCAGCAGCCAAAGCUGCCGAAACAAGUGCGAGAGGAUGCCCCAAAACAAAUAGCCACAGACAAUCACCCCGUCAAAAGGAGUAUCCAGAGGUACGUGCGCAAGGAUGGAAAAUGUAACGUUCACCAUGGGAAUGUCAGGGAGCGGUACCGUUACCUAACUGAUAUCUUCACUACAUUAGUGGACUUAAAGUGGAGGCUGAACCUACUCAUUUUUGUCAUGGUCUAUACCACCACUUGGCUUUUCUUUGGAAUGAUCUGGUGGCUUAUUGCCUACAUACGAGGGGACCUGAACCACAUAGGGGACUCUACUUGGGUGCCCUGUGUUAACAAUCUCAAUGGCUUUGUCUCAGCAUUUCUCUUCUCGAUAGAGACUGAAACUACCAUUGGAUAUGGGUACAGAUUCAUCACAGACAAGUGUCCUGAAGGUAUCAUUUUGCUCCUGGUCCAAUCUGUCCUGGGAUCAAUAGUCAAUGCCUUCAUGGUUGGUUGCAUGUUUGUGAAAAUAUCGCAGCCCAAUAAGAGGGCUGAAACGCUGGUCUUCUCCACACAUGCUGUGAUCUCUGUACGUGAUGGGAAGUUGUGCCUAAUGUUCCGAGUUGGGGACCUGAGGAAUUCACACAUUGUGGAGGCUUCAAUUCGUGCCAAACUAAUCAAAUCCAGGCAAACCAAGGAAGGAGAGUUCAUCCCACUCAAUCAAACAGACAUAAACGUUGGCUACGACACAGGAGAUGACCGUCUCUUUUUAGUCUCACCACUAAUAAUCUGCCAUGAGAUCAAUCAGCAGAGUCCAUUCUGGGAAAUCUCCAAAGCCCAGAUGGCUAAGGAAGAGGUGGAGAUUGUAGUAAUCCUUGAAGGAAUGGUGGAGGCGACAGGUAUGACAUGCCAAGCACGGAGUUCAUAUGUUACCAGUGAAAUUCUGUGGGGUUACCGCUUCAUGCCUGUCCUAUCGUUGGAGGAAGGAUUUUAUGAGGUUGAUUACAACAACUUUCAUGAGACCUAUGAGAUAAAAACACCGGUCUGUAGCGCCAAAGAGUUGGCAGAGAUGAGCAGCAAAGCGGAACUGCCCCUCACCUGGUCAGUCUCCACCAAACUAAAUGAGGAGGAGGAGGAGGAAGAGGAGGAGGAGGAGGAGGAGGAGGAGGGGGAGGUGCAACCAGAGGACAAACACCAUGAGGAGCAAUCUGAGCAGAACGGCGAGGUUACAAACUUAGAAAAUGAAUCCAAAGUAUGA